AUGUGUUUCCUCCAUUUUCUUGUUGUAAGCUGGUCAAAGAAGUUCUUUCUGUACAUCUCGAUUGAAGUUGUCUGGCUUCUUUGGCAGAAAAGAACAGGAAGAAUCAACAUAUCCUUUCUGUUCGCUCUCGCCUCCUUCUAUAUUCGGGAUGCUUCACCCGAAAAGGCCCCCAUCUCUCAAAUUACCGUCUGUACAAUCAGAAGUUGA